AUGGGCUUCGUUCAGUUCUUGAAAACCCGCUCCGGGCUGCGGGUCGACAAUACCAAGACUACGUCUGCAGCGCAGUUGACGUUAAGGCAGAGUCUGUGGCCCCUAAUCCUCGUCACUAUACUCUUCUUCUUAUGGGGUUUCGCAUAUGGUUUGCUCGACACUCUCAACAAGCAUUUCCAGAUUACACUCAACAUCACGCGGACAAGGAGCUCAGGACUACAGGCUGCUUACUUUGGUGCCUACCCUCUUGCAUCCCUAGGCUACGCAAAUUGGCUUCUUCGGCACUACGGAUAUAAACUCGUUUUUAUCUUCGGUCUAGUCCUGUAUGGCAUUGGAGCGCUAUGCAUGUGGCCGGCGGGAUUGAACCGGUCAUUUGGAGGAUUCUGCGCAGCUACAUUCGUGAUCGGUUCAGGUCUGGGAUCGCUUGAAACAGCGGCCAACCCCUACCUUGCGGUGUGCGGUCCGCCAAAGUACGCCGAAAUCCGUAUCAAUCUAGCUCAAGCGUUCAAUGGUAUCGGCACAGUCGUUGCCCCCGCUCUGGCGUCUUAUGUCUUCUUCACAGACACCGAGGACUCCGUCGAUGCUCUCAAGCGCGUUCAGUGGGUGUACCUUGCCAUCGGCAUCUUCGUUUUCGUUCUGGCUGCGGUUUUCUUCAUGUCCACCAUUCCCGAAGUCACGGAUGAAGACAUGGCAUUCCAGGUCGCUGCUACGCAUAUCGAGGAACAGGAGAAGCCGUUUUGGAAACAAUAUAAGCUAUUUCAUGCCACAUUCGCGCAAUUUACUUACACUGGUGCUCAAGUCGCCAUAGCAUCCUACUUCAUUAAUUACGCAACAGAAACCUGGCCGGCAGUGGACAAUUCCACGGGCUCCAAAUACCUCGCCGGCGCGCAAGCAGCUUUCACGGUGGGCCGUUUUCUAGGCGCCUUCCUGAUGAAAUACAUCCGGCCCCGAUGGGUUUUCCUAGCCUACCUGUCGGGCGUAGUCGCCUUCUGUGCAGCAUCCACGACACAGCGCAACGCAACGGGGAUCACCAUGCUCUUCCUCACUCUGUUCUUCGAAUCCGUGUGCUUCCCCACGAUCGUCGCGCUGGGCAUCCGUGGCCUCGGGAGACACUAUAAGCGUGGGUCCGGCUGGAUUGUCGGCGGUGUUAGUGGUGGUGCGGCGAUUCCGCCGCUGCUUGCGCAUGUUGCGGACUUGCGGAAUGACACGGGUUUUGCGUUCAUUGUUCCCACGAUGUUUAUGGUCCUUGCGUGGACUUAUGCUGUCGCGGUGAAUUUUGUACCAGCAUACAGAAAUACCGUUGACAAGGUUGGGGAGAGCGAGAUUGGGCUCACUGCUGCUGGGGACGGAGGGAUCAAGCGAGGAGACGAUGUUGAAGCUUUGGGGGAAAGCGAGAAGGGGGAGGCUGUUCAUGUUAGAUAG